GUUUAAAACAGCAGCGACGUUGAUUUUGUUUGUCGCCGGAGUAGAUUAGUUGUCCCAUUUAGUAUUAGAUUGGCAUAACACAUUUUACAGUGGUUAAUACGUCAACAUUUUCUCCGUCAUGCACUGCAUACUGAGAACACUUCUCCUUUCUGUUGUGGCCGCCUCCCUCGCCUACGCCCUGACGGACUUGAGCGGUUUGGCCUUCGGUGGUUACGGAAAUACCGCUACCGGCUACGGUAACACCGGUGCCGGUUGGGGCGCCGCGUCCCCGCUGACCAGCUACCAGCAGAACUCCGGUUGGAGCCAGCCGCAAGUGCAGCUACAACCCGUCCAGCUGUACACUCCCAAGAUCCAGUACAACCUCCAUCCCGUCACCAUGUACCAGCCGGAGUACAACGUCCGCUACAAACCCGUCCAGAUGUACACCCCGUACCAGGCGCAGUACAGCGGCUGGGGCGGUAGCCAGACGCCCAUCACCCAGACGCAGGCCGCCAUCCACGUGCCGGUAGCCCACACCGCCGCCCAAACGGCGGACCUGUCCGUUCCGCACGCCGCGGUGCCGGUGGUGCACACCACGCCUGACCUUUCUGUUCCCAAUGUUAACGCUCACACUGUGAAUAUUCCUAACACACAGACAUUUGCUAAUGCGGCUGGGGUACCUAACGUUGCUUAUAACUGA